AUGGUGGGCUCUAUCGAUCCCCGUAAACCAAAGGACAUGAAUUAUAGACAAGAAUCUACAAGUCAUUUAAAUACUCCAUCACCAGCAUCAUUCAUAACAGCUAAUUUAGAUACUGAUGAUUCAUCAAAUUCUAAUGUUAACAUUGAAGACUCCUCAGUGAGUGCAGUAGCAGGCCCCACAAUCACUCAUCUAUCGACAUUGGCGACUGACUCCACAGAUUAUUCUGGAGUGUUUGAUUCUCCAGAGAUAUAUCUACAACCCACGAAAAAUGUUACUGAGGAUCAUACAAAGCGAAUCACAGUGCCACGAGUUCAUGAACAAUUAGUCAGGCAACGUGCUUGCUCGUUAGGAUCAAAGGUUGCCAAUAUAGAUAUUUCUAAAGAUGUAGAUGCAUGGAAAAAAAUCGCUUCUGAUAGGAUCGCUUCUGAUAGGAUCGAUUCCCCGUCCGAAUUUGUUACGAAUCAUUUAUCGGCCUCAUCAUAUACGAUAAGUCAACCUCAUCAUUCUUGUUCUAAUCCGCAUUUGAAUUUCCAAGACGCUUCGGAUAUUACUUCACAUUGUCUCCCUAAAAGAUUAAAUGAUAGACGAGAUCAAGGGGAAACUCCAGACAAGACUUCUCCAGCCGUGCCUGAAAAUAAAACUAAUUCACAUAGGAAUUUACACUCUCCUUUACAUUCUCCAUCACAUUCUACAAGAAACUCCAUAGAUCAACAACAACAACAACAACAACAACAUCAUCAUCAUCAGUAUUCACGUGCAUCUAAAGAUACCAAUGUAACUCAUCAAUCAGAGUCACAUACUACUUCUUUAUUAUCAAGACAUAAAAUAGUACCUCCUUCAAAACUAUUAACCUCGAUGCAGCCACCAAAAGUAAUCCAACAGAAAUCAAGUAACACAAUGCAAACUUCAACGUCUUAUAAAUCAGACUCUGCUUCAUCAAGAUCAAAUAGACAUAGUUCAUUAUCUUCAACGAAUUCAACUGGUGGCAGUACAAGUCAUAAAAUCCAUGAAGUGCUGGAAAAGAAAAUUGAUUCAUCUACAACGUUAAAUUCUGCAGGAAAAAUACUCGAAUCUCCUUUCUCAUUGGUGAAGAAACUAGGCACUUCUGUAAUGCAUCCUCCUUCAAGCCCCCAUCACCAACAUUCUUCAGAACCUCAACAUCUCUCGGAAUCUCAACCUUACUACCAUCAUCAUCAUCAUCACCAUUCUCACGAUGAUUCAACCAAAUUUCUUACAGCUACAGCUCAUCAUGAGACUAGUUUUACAAGUAUGAGUAAUAUAUCUCCAAAAACUUCCUUAGAGCGGGAAGAAACAGUAUCCAGAUCUUCUUUACAUAGAGAGGAAGUUUCACCAAGAUCUUCUCUACACAAAGAUUCAAGAAGGUCCUCUCUUCACAAGGAAAAAGUGAAUUCACGAAAAUCUUCUCUACAUAAGGAAAAAACAGAGUCACGAAGAUCUUCCAUGCAUAAAGACAAAACAUCAACACCAAAAUCCUCCUUACACGAAGCAGUAUCAUCGCCUUCCUCACAUAGUAAAGAUCUACCUCACACUAAUAAGGAUGAAAUCCUACAAUCAAAACCUCAUCGAAGUAUUUCUAGAGAAACUACGAUCUCUCCAAGUAAUUCUUUUACAGACAAUCGAGAAUCAACCAUCGUUACCUCAUCGACUCAUCAGGGUAAUACAAUUGAUACGCGCAGGAGUUCACUCGAUACCCGUAGAAACUCAAUCAAUAUUCAUCGAAAUUCAAUCGACUCUACAUUAUUAGAUGCAAAAACCCCAUCACCUAAAUCGAGAAGACCUUCAUAUGUCUCUGAAAAUUCUAUAAAUACUAAUCCAUCAAUCCAUUACUGUGUGGAGGAAACAAAUUAUCCAAAUGAUUCUACUAAUGAAUAUAUUCUUACACCUUCCAACUACCCAAUAUUGGAUACAUUAACUUGCAGUACACCAGAAGGACAUUCUUUAAUUUCUUCACCUACCUCUGUCAAAAAAAUAUCUUCUGAUACCUCUUAUUUUAGUUCGGUACCAAGUGACAGUUUAGAAAUUAAAGAACAUUCUCAUUUGAAUCAAGUAUCAGAGGAAACUAGCAUAAACAGAGGUGCUACAUCUAAUAUAGAACACUUAACUGAUCAAAAUUCUCAUGAUACCAAUAUGCACAAUAAUGACAUUGGAUCUGAGAGUUCCCAGGAUGACAAAGACCCUAUUUUAACUUCAAAUAAUGUAACUAAAUCAACUCAUGGCUUACAUGGAAUGAGAAGACGAUCUUACGAAAGGAAAAGAGAUUCCUUUAAAACAUUAGCUGAAGAGCCUCCAAUAUCUAAUUUACAACAUAACCGUAAAGUAAGUUUUUCACUUUCAAAUACCGAUGAGGAAAAUUCUUUACAACAAGCACAUAAGAAUUAUGCCAAAAAUCAUUUGCUUGAAACCACUAUGGAUAAACCUGAUUCAUAUAAUAAUACCGAUCGUAAUGUUCAAAUAAUAGAACCUAGUAAACAAGAAAGUUCUAAGUAUUCUCAUGGACACAAAACUUCUGAUCAUGAUAGACAUGCUAAUCCUCAUUUUAGAAAAACACAGUCAAUAACUAAUGCAAAAUCACUAGUAGAAUAUGAGAAGAAGAAAGUAGACCAAUUUUUAGCCCAUUCUCAUAGAACUUCUUCAAACGAAUCAAAAGAUCAUGAACUCCUAACAGAUAAGAGACGUCAUAGUCUGGCUCCUAUAUUUAAUAACACUAUAUCAGAUGCAAUCCAAAAGACAACUUCAUUUGUAAUUAAUAAUCCAGUUCACGCUAGGCUAUCAGACCAUCAGUCAACAAUGAAUAAUGGAUUGUUUCAUCAUGAAAAUUCAUCUAAGAAUUACCAUGAUAAAUCUUCAGAAGAUGAUAGCUUAAUUCAUUUUAGAUUUAAUAUUUCUAGACAUGAUUCUGACAGUUCUUACGCCACUGCAAAUAAUGAUUCAGAAAGUUUUGUAGAUAGUAUCGAUACCACUAGUUCUCAGGAUCAGCAUAAUGCCAAUUUUAAAGGUCUAGUUAACAUAUUGCCAAAAUCAAGAAUCAAAAGUAUAGUCAAUAGAGAAACUUCUACUUCUAGAUUACCUGAUAUAGAAAAUGCCUCACACUUAUCAACACACUCUUCCAGAGUUAAAACAGAUUCAAUCCAUUCUAGCUUUUCUGGAAAUUCAUCUGAAAUGAACGAUAAAUUUUAUGAAUCACAACAAAAUUUGUUUUCAGGCCACUAUACAAAUUUUACUCCUGAAAAUAAAAAGUUAAUUGAAAAUGGUAAACUUCCUAAAGAUGAUAGCUUAUCUCCGAAUGCAUCUCCCGUAUUAGGCCCCACUAACCAAAAGUAUUUUGACUCUGAUCUAAUGCUAGAAGAACUUUCUGACGAUGAAUUUUUCAGUCAAGAUGAAGAUGAUUCUCAAAUUGAUCAAAAAACAGAUAAUGCUGAAUUUGCAUAUGAAAACUAUUUUAGAGAUGUGAGUGAUGUCGAUCCCAAAAAACGUUAUGCUAUACGUAUAUUCAAGUCAGAACAGGUAUAUACUACCAUAUCAUGUUAUCCUACCAUAACUGUUCAAGACAUGAUACCUAUCAUAAAGUCAAAAUUUAGAUUAGAAUCUGACGAGAAAUUUCAAUUAUCCUUAAGAGUAGCUAAAAUAUCAAAGAUAUUAAAACCAACUGCUAAACCCAUUUUAAUUGAAAGAAAACUUUUAUUGUUAAAUGGUUUCCGAAAGACCGAUCCUCUGAACAUUUUGGGUAUGGAGGAUAUGAGCUUUGUUUUCAGAUUUGAGUUUCAUCCUGCUUUAUUAUCUUAUCGUAUUUCUGAAAAAGAGCGUAGAAUGUUAAGAAGCGAUUUUACACAAGUAAAUUUAAGAACUUUAAAUUUAAUUACUCCUCCAAUUAUCUUUUUCGAGCAUUGCCCAGAGAUUGAAACAAUUGAUGUAUCUAAUAACCCAAACAUAUUGUUACCGUCAAGCUUUGUUAAAGCUGCUAUUAAAUUAUCUAGUUUACGAAUGGUUAAUAUCAGAGCUUCCCAUUUCCCUCCAAAUAUUACUGAAGCAAGAAAAUUGGUAUCUUUAGAAUUACAAAGAAAUUUCAUAAAAACUGUUCCUGAAUCAAUUAAAAAUUUUACAACAUUGACAAUUCUUAAUUUACAAUGUAAUAAAUUAGAGAAUUUACCAGAUACAUUCUCUUCUUUACAGACGUUACAGUUACUAGAUCUUUCUUCUAACAGAUUCAUUGAUUACCCAUCCGUUAUCAAUGAUUGUAGAAACCUUUUGCAAUUAGAUUUAUCGUAUAAUAAAAUUCAUUCUAUCCCACAAUCUAUUAAUCAAUUAACUAAGCUAGUGAAGCUAAAUUUAAGAAAUAACAAGAUUCAUGAAGUGGGUGAUUUAUCUAAAUUAAACAAUCUUCGUACAAUAAAUUUACGUAAUAAUAGAAUUGUUAAUGUUGAAUCAAAUGCCCCACAUGUUCAAAAUAUUGUUCUUAUUGGUAAUAGAAUCUCCUUUUUUAAAGAUACUUUACCCAAUUUAAAGAGCUUGGAACUACAAGAAAACCCUAUUACAUCAAUAGCAUAUAAAGAUUAUUAUACUAAUAAUAUGACUAGUUUAUCUCUAGCAAAGGCAAAAUUGGCUAGUGUUCCUGGCGAGUUAUUUACAAAACUAACUAACUUAGAAAAGUUGGAUUUAAGUGAUAAUAAUUUGAAUAGACUACCUCAAGAAAUAUCAUCCUUAACUCGCUUAGUGUACUUGUCUGCAUCUCGCAAUAAAUUGGAUGGCUUACCGGUGGGUUUUUCAAAUCUUACAAGCCUAAAAUCCUUAGAUUUACAUUCUAACAACAUUAGAAAUUUUGUAUUAGGAAUUGAGCAAAUUGAAUUGAAUUAUAUUAACAUUUCAUCAAAUGCUUUUGGAGAUUUGGUUCUAGAGAACCCUUUCUUUCAAGAAACAUGUGGUAAACGUACAAAACUAAGCGAGUCUUUAAUGUUUUUCAUUGCUGCUGAUAACCAGUUUGAUGACAGGGUUUGGGACAUGAUUAACACCUUUACAAAUUUGAAAGUAUUAAACUUAUCAUACAACAAUUUUACAGAUAUAUCAUAUUUAAGGUUAGAAAAUUUGACCGAUUUCUAUUUCAGUGGAAAUUCAACUACAAACAUUCCAGGUGAAAUUGUUCUCAAAUGGAAAUCAUUAAAAACGUUGAUGUUAAACGGGAACUUAUUAACAUCUUUACCAUCUGAAGUAUCAGAAUUAUCUGAACUAAACGUUAUUGAUAUUGGCUCAAACAAAUUAAAAUAUAACAUCUCUAAUUUUAGAUAUGAUUGGAAUUGGAGACAUAAUAAACAAUUGAAAUACUUGAACUUCUCUGGUAAUACAAAAUUUGAAAUUAAAUCUUGGAAGAAUCCUGAAACACAUAAAGAUUUAUCGGAUUUAACGUGUUUACCAAAACUAAGAAUUCUGGGUUUAAUGGAUACUACUUUAAAUACAAACAAAGUUCCUGAUGAUAGCUCAAAUUUCCGUGUGAGAACUACCGCCUCAAGAAUAAACGAGCUAGGUUAUGGGGUUGCAGAUACACUGGGCCAUAAUAAUUCAGUUUGCACUAGAGAUGUAAUUUUUUCUAGAUUUAGGGGUAAAGAUAAUGAAAUUUUAAUUUGUAUGCAUGACAGCAAGGGUCAAGGAAACGCCACAGAGAAUAAUGUAUCAAGUAUUGUAAAGAAUAUAUAUGACAAGAUUUUGAUUCAUGAGUUAGAAAAAUGUAAAGAUGAUGAUGAUGGAAUACAAAAAGCACUAAGGCUCAGCUUCUUACUCCUAAAUAAACAAAUUAAUGUGAUGUUAAAUUCUGUUGAUCAGGGUGAUAAAGUUGAGAACUUAACAUCUGUUGAUGUUCUUAGUGGGGCAUGCUCUACCGUUAUUUAUAUAAAAGGCGAACGAAUGUUUACAGCAAAUAUUGGUGAUUGUAUGGCAAUUCUAUCGAAAAAUAACGGGGAAUAUAAACAACUUACAACAUUGCAUGUUCCUUAUAAAAGAGAUGAGUACGAGAGAAUUCGUAUUUCUGGUGGUUAUGUAAAAGAUAAUAGAUUGGACGCAAGCGUUGAUGUGUCGAGAGCAGUAGGAUUUUUUGAUUUACUCCCUCAUAUACAUGCAUCACCAGACAUAUCCGUUCACAAAAUAUCUUCUGUUGAUGAUAUGGUGAUAAUCGCAACAAAGCAAUUGUGGGAUUAUGUUGAUUAUCAAACUGUCUGUGAUAUAGCAAGGGAAAAAAACGGAAAUCCUCUAGUAGCUGCUGAAGAAAUGAAAGAUCUUGCGAUAGCAUAUGGCUGUUCUGAAAAUUUAACUAUUAUGUGUUUGAAUUUAAAAAAAGAUGUAGAACGUUGCUUUAAACAUGAAGGAAGAAGUUCUGUAAAUAUAAGGAAGACAAUUGUCGAAGAUGCAGCUUUGCGUCGUUUACAGCCUGAAAUUUCACCACCAACAGGAGAUGUUGCCGUAAUUUUUACAGAUAUUAAGAGUUCUACCUUUUUAUGGGAGCUAUUUCCUAAUGCCAUGAGAACAGCAAUAAAAACUCACAACGAUAUUAUGCGCAGACAACUACGAAUUUACGGAGGUUAUGAAGUAAAAACUGAAGGUGAUGCUUUUAUGGUAACAUUCCCAACUUUAUUAAGUGGCUUUAUUUGGUGUUUAUCUGUUCAGCUAAAGCUUUUGGAUGCACAAUGGCCUGACGAGAUCACAUCUAUUAAUAAUGGUAGAAUGAUUAUUGACAAGAAUGGCGUUAAGAUUUAUGAGGGGCUAUCUGUUAGAAUGGGGAUACAUUGGGGUAGACCAGUUCCUGAGUUGGAUUUAGUAACUCAAAGGACGGAUUAUCUAGGCCCAGUUGUUAACAAAGCAGCAAGAGUUUCGGGAGUUGCAGAUGGUGGACAAAUUACCCUAAGUAGCGAUUUCGUUUCUGAGUUUAACAAGAUUCUCGAAAGGCAUCUUAAAGUUGUAAUUAAGGGAUUCGAAAUUUCAAAAGAGCAUGAUACUAUUGAUAACAGCUUAAAGGAGGAGAAAGAAAUUGAAAUUCUUGAAAAUAUAGGUUGGUCUUUCUUUGAUUAUGGUGAAAAACAAUUAAAAGGGCUGGAAAACAAAGAAUUCAUUACUAUUGCAUACCCUCGUAAACUAGCAACCAGACAUGAAUAUGAUAUGGCUGCUGAGAAAAAUGAAAAAAUUGAUAUGACUUUGUUGGUAAGAUUGCAUGUUUUAGCAAAUAAAUUAGAGUCUAUUAUAUCUGCCGUAAGUGGUGGCAUGAUUGACAUUCAAGAAAGGGUAAAUAAGACAGGGCCUAGUGAAUUUGAUCAACGAAUCCAGUCAGCUAUUCUUAAUACUGUCGGUGAACAAGAUAUCACAUCAUUUUUUGAUCGUGUAGUGACUCGAAUUGAGGCAAGCACUGUAUUAUUACAAUUAAGACAAUAUAACUCCAAGGGACUUGAGAUAUGUUCUACAAAUAGUUUGUCUUGUCCCAUUGAAACCAAAAUAUUUGAUAUAGUAGACAAGCUUUUAGAAAACUAA